UGGUUGGGAGUAAAUCCUUCAUUUCUCACCUGCACACAAAAUAUGCAGAAAAGACAUGGAAUGAGACCUUUAAACUGGUUCGCAGGUGUAUGGUAAGUAUUAAUGAAAUAUUUCUGAAAUAAUCCUCCAAUGUCAUAUGUUUCACCUAGCCCAGGUUCAAGACAGAGUUUGUAUCUCAGUCUAGCAGUAUAACACUAACCCACCAUGCAACUUAUUUACCAACCUGAUUCUGUGCCUGUUUGGCAAUGCUUUUCCCACUUCGGAGGGUAAGUCAGUGGGUUGGUAAUGCAUCAUUUGCAUUUGCUGAGCAGUGCCCGUGCAGAAAAUAAUUUAAUCCAAUUGUUAGAUGUCUUUGCCUGACAAGGUCAAGUUAGGAUGUGUCAGUUAUCCUGUGAGAGCUUUUGUUCUGAAAAUAUUACGGUGUUUUAGGUGUCAAGCUUAUGUCAUGUUGCAGCAGUGUGUAGGAGGGAGAUUCCUAGAUGUGUGCAGGAGGGCAUGAGACAAAGGAAUGCAUAGUAUUGGUGGAGAAAGUUGUUUGUGUGUGUUAGCUGUGGGGGUGCCCAAUGGGCUGGAGAUCAGAGAUGGCUGGUGAGAGAAAGGCAGGUUGAGGUUGCCAGGGUCAGAGUACAUUUACAUUUACAUUUUAGUCAUUUAGCAGACGCUCUUAUCCAGAGCGACUUACAGUUAGUGAAUACAUAUUUUUUUUAUACUGGCCCCCCGUGGGAAUCGAACCCACAACCCUGGCGUUGCAAACGCCAUGCUCUAUCAACUGAGCUACAUCCCUGCCGGCCAUUCCCUCCCCUACCCUGGACGACGCUGGGCCAAUUGUGCGCCGCCCAUGAGUCUCCCGGUCGCGGCCGGCUGCGACAGAGCCUGGAUUCGAACCAGGAUCUCUAGUGGCACAGUUAGUACAGAGUGGCGUAUGCUGAAGCUGUGUAGAGCGUUGUAGAGGAAGUUGGGUACAGGGUGAGGGAUCCUGAGAGGAUUCCUGUGAGUAGGCAGAGACCAAUGGAGAGGGAUGGGAAUAUGUGCUUCAGUAAGGUGGGUUUCUUAGCCAUGGUUGUCAACUGUACUGCAGAAAUGGAACGUACUGUAAGUCACAGAAAAUAGAGGUUGUGGUGGCAGCUGCAGAGAAGUACUUGAGAUUGCGAGGUUUUAAUGCAGAAGAUUUGCAGGGGGUGUUGAAUGGUAGUGUUCUGUCCUCCCAGACCGUUGACCUGGAGUAGGAUUAGAUAGGAUUAAAUAGUGGAAUGGGGUGUUUUUUUUUGUGAGGGCUAAUAGUUGGCAGGGUAAUUUUGUUAAUUAAAUGUAGGUAGGCCAUGACUGGCCUCACACUCCAGUACAGUAGGUAGCGGUGUAUGCACCUAAAAGUUGGAUGAGAUCCGCCAACCCAAUCCCGAAGAAGAAGGUGUGCUCCAAAGUGAGAACACAACAUGGAAUCCAUGUUUGGUUUUGAUUUGGAGGUGGGGUGUUAACAUCUAACAAUUUGAUUUAUUUCCUGGGCACAGCUCGUCAUCGCAUUCCCAACCGUCCACUGACUGAUAAAUAAGUUGCACAUUGGUUUAGUGUUUUGCUGCUAGACCGAGAUACAACCUUGGUCCAGAACCUGGGCUAAUGCUUCACCUAGCUCUUGGUUCUCAGUUGAAGCAUUUAUAACAGCGCCACCAAUGUGUGCAACAGUCCCGAUGCUCUGUCUACAUGUUAAUCAGUGUUUCCCCUAUAUUCAUUUAAAUCAUUUCUGCCACUCCCAAAAAUAUAUUUAUUUAUUUCUGCAGAGGCACUUUUAAAGGGGAUAGUGCGAGAUUUUGGCAAUUAUGCCUUUUUCUACUUACCCAGAGUCAGAUGAACUCAUGGAUACGAUUUGUCUGCACGCAGUUUGAAGGAAGUUACUAACUAGCAUUGGUGCAAUGACUGGAAUUCUAUGGGAACAUCUAGCAUGUUAGCUGUUCCUGUAGAAAUGCUUGUUAGCAAUGGCUCGCGAAACUACCUUCAACUUCCUUCAAACUGCACGCAUUGACAUAAAUGGUAUCCAUGAGUUAAUCUGACUCUGGGUAAAUAGAAAAAGGGUUUAGUUGCCAAAAUCUCGCACUAUCCAUUUAAGAUCAAUGACAAGUUACAAUGUAUAGGCAAACGGAACGAGCAGUGGUGCGAAUGAGAGCCACGAUCACACAGACGCCACUUGCUCCUCCUCAUUUCCCAACAGUGCAGUGGCUCGCAUCAGUUAUAUUUCAGAUGUUGUCAACAUAAUACAAUUUUCAUACAUUUUGGAGUUGAAUGUGUUUUUUGUUUGUUUUUUUUGUCCUCAGAAGUGACCUCAGUCAUUCUACAAAAAAAUAUCCUGGGGGGCAGGCCCCCGGACCUCCGCAACAAAGCGUGUUAAAACAAUCAUAUUUUGGGGAAUUAUUUUUUCAUAUGAAAGUAGAGGGCCUUAUGUUUCUAGAACCGUAUCGCGAUUAAGAACCGAUUCACGUUUAGAUGGAGUAUUUGGCUGUUUUGGCUGCCAGAGCCAGAGCCAGUUUACCUCUGAACAUUACAUAAGGAAGGGUCUUGGACCUUAAUAGAGUAGGCUAGCCUUCACUCCUUAACAGUACAUCUUGGGCUAAUGCUUCACCAAACUUGUCUCAAGAGGACAAACAUCCGUGACUGUUCAGCCACAAGACUUGAAAUGCCUUCCAGAUGUUGGCAUUCCAAGAUUAUCUUAGCCAGAUUAGUAUAACUCUACAUAACAACUGGUCCCUUAUUUGACUAUGAGUAACUGGUAUGAUCUGUCACCAACAGGAAUAAUUUCCAGUAAUAAGUGCCACCCCCUUUCCAACACCUUACCCAGAUCUAUCAUUGUAUAGAUUCAACGUGAGUGGGGGUACAAUUAAAAGCUCUUGUUUGUCAUUUUAGAGGAUUUUGGAAUUACGUCAGUUGGACACUGUCUUUCUGGACUCUGAUGUGAUGAAUCUAUCCUGAUCGAUCCAUGGCCAUUGUCCAGUUGCACUCCACGACUGGGUAUGAUUGUGUUGUUGUGUAGCCUCGGAAGGAAGUUCAGCUUGGCAGCAGUCAGUCUCCAGGGCCUGUGGGGGGUUGAGACUGGUUGUUGGGCAGACAGGGAUGUGAUGUGCGGUCUGAGGGGAUAAGGCAGCUGAAGUUGGGCCUGGGCCAUGUAGAUGUCUGCUCUCAACGAUGCUGCUCAGUCUUAAGCCCUAAAUACAUUCAGUUCCUGAAGACUCCGAAGAGAUUAGCUUUCUCAUAAACUCUGAUGUCAUACUAUGCAGUAAGUGCUUUCUUUUAGGAUACUUGAGCUGCUCAGAAAUGUCUUUAUCUGUAUUUUAUAGGACAAAUCGAGAGGUGACACCAAACCCUGUGAAUCACUGAUUAGGUGUCUGAAAAUACUCCAUGAAGCACUGAAUGGUGAAGAAAACAUUAGCUAUUUAUAUUCACUACAUCAGCUAUCAAGGUUAAGUUAAAUCUUCUGCAUAGACUAGUAUCAGUUACAAUGCACUCCAUUCUAGUUGAAGGUCAUCAUGCAGAAUUAUGAUUAUGGUGUCUGCCAUUUGUUAAAUGGUCACUUCACUGAAAUUAUUUCCCAAACUGUUUUCUGUCCUUUUUUCCAGUGUCCUCUUUGAGCACCAUGGUAUCACGGUUGGAGAUAAUAGCCAAACAGAGAGGGUAAUAUGAUUCCUUUUGUAAUCUGUUUUCAUUCUGUAAUAUAAUACAGAGACUCUGUGUCCCUCUACUGGAUAAUCAAGGGACCUCUACCCAUUUUGAAUGCUCCAAGUCAGUGCGGCAUCUCUUGAGUGUCCUGAUUUGGGAUGGCAAAAUUCUUAGGCCUAUACAUUAUGGAAUUCAUUUGAUGUUAAACAUGAACUAUACACUAAAAUAACCUCAUCACACUCUUGUUGUCAGAGACCCUCUCCUCUGGUGUUUGCAAUGGCAUUUCUCAUUAUUGAGCCUUGACCUCUGUUUUGUACAGGAUGGGGUCCCACCUGAGCCCCACUGAGACAACCUGUUACCUCACAGCCGACAUGUUCUACCUAGAGGUCCUACUGUUGCCUGGGGGAGGGGUGGAGGACAUCAAGUUGGCCCAACACGGAGAAGCCCCUGUGGUAGUAGACUGAUAUUGUUUCAUUCCUAUAUAGGAAAACAUUUGUAAUGGUUCAAAUUACUCAUAUCAUAUAUAUUUUUUUGUGUUACAGUCAAGCGAGUCACUUCUUCAACUGCUGAAGUAAGAUGUAAUACACAAGGUCUGACUAAUACAAUUUGUCAACUGACAAACUGAGGUCACCUGACAUUUUAUUUUACGAAGUUCUAUCAAAGUAUACAAUGUUGGCUCUUCAGAUUACCCCUAUCUGUUUAUUACUGCACAGGUCAAAGAAGUUUGAAGAAUUCUCAGUGAAACUGGAAGGCCUUUCCUCCCUGUACAACAUCCCUGGAGACAAGUACUGCCUUUUUACCACUAGUUGAGAUUCAAUGUCAUUGGCCUGUUAUCAUGCCGCUAAACCAGUCUAAUAUCUUUUAGUGAGACGAAGAUCAAGGUAUACACAGCCCUUCAGUUCUUGGGGAAAGAUCUACAAAAGAUAUCCCAUUUGCCAAGGUUAGUGAAAUUGAAUUAGAAUGGCCAAAGUAGACUAGAGAAGGAAUUGGGUAUCCAUCCCAGAGUGAAUCUUGCAUUUUGCUGUGAGAAUUAAACAAGCAAGAGGUUACAGAGGUUGUCUUGAAUGAAAUCCUAUAUCAUUGUGUUGAAAUAUUCACAAAUGUUUUUCCUCCUUUCAGACCACUAAGGGAGUGCAAUCUUCAAGUGGACAUGAUUCUCAAUGGCAGGAUUGGAUAUCUUAUGGCAGGGAGAGAAGGUAGGUUACUACUAGAGUAAAGGGAACAAGAUCAUUGGCCAGAAAGCCCCUAGUUGUUUCUUUAGCUGCUUGAUCACCCUCAAUGACAAACUGAAAUAUGCUUUUUUGUCUGUCCUAUUCAGGUAUCCCAAUGACUAUCCAAUACUACAUCAGCCCUUCUGACAUUCUGUUGGAGAUGUCAGAAUCAGGUAUGUUUUGGAACAUUCGCAACUGCAUUUAAAUGCUGUUUCUUUAAAAAAUUAAAAAUAAUAUGUACUGUUGUAUUCUGCUAUGGGAUUGCAGAGAGGGGCAGUGUUGGCCGGGUGGCCUUGGUGACAGUGGAGCCAACUGACUCUACACACAAGCUCCAGAUGGCAUCUGUCAUCCCACAGCCACCUCAGCUUGACGCCCAGGGGUAACUAUCUCAAUGUGAUUUUAAGUUAUAAUAUUACUAUUUUCAAAUGAUACAUUGAUAUCUGAGGUUUUCUAAAUGAACACAUGGAAUUCCCCAUACUAGGAUGAAAUUCCAAAUUAAGACAGCUGUAUUAAUAAAAAGCUAGUUAUUAUUUUUGUUUUUUUUGUUUUUUUGUUUUUUGCAGUCUACCAUUGUUCAGUCCUCUCUGUGAGGGGCUCUCUGAAAUGAUGCCAGCCUGCUUCCAGCUCAAACUGCAGCCACCCCUACCAAUGCUCUCCUCCUUUGUUGAGAAGCUCAGCCAAAUUACAGGUUUGAAUGCUUUGAUACUCCUAUUAGCAAGAUUAAUGUGUGCUUAUAGUCUUAUCUGUGAAUAAAUGGGUCUUCUUGCACUGUAAUUCACAUUGGGAUACCAGACACAUUUCAGUUGAAUGCAUUCAGUUGUACAACUGACUAGGUACCCCCCUUUCCUUCUUCUUGUGAUCAAACUGCUACUGUUUCUUAGAUGUUGCCAUAGCUGAUGCUGACCUGCAGUGGGCACCGUUUCCCCAGUUGAUGAUGAACUUAUUAGGGGAAAAUGGUGGUGACAAAACAUGGGAUGGCCAGGAUGCCCACUUUCUAGUGGUUUGUAUAUAUGCUUAAACAAAAACAGGUUUUGAAUGCUUACGGACUUAUAAUUUUGCUCUACAACGUAUAUCAUACUGGCACUAUAUCAUUGACAGCUGUGCACAGUAAGACAUAUGCACCACUUUCUUCUACUCAGCAUUCCAUCAAAGGUAUUUAUUUUGACACACACCUGUCCCUUCCAUCCAGCCACUCCCAGGUAGAGAGAUACACAGCUAUGUGCUGCCGGGGGCUGCGUGGGAAGAAGCUUCUCUGAGGGGGGCGCUAGUGAGUACCAUUCCCUUCACCCACCCCGCCCAUGUCCCUGCCCUACUGGAGCUGCUCCGCCACCAGUGUGCCAUCAACACUCUACUGGCCAGCUGCAUUACCUCUCACAGGCCCAGCCCAGGUAAGUGAGCAACUGAGCAUACAUCAGGGUUCUAAUCCUACAAUCCCCAGAUUUCACAGAAUACUCUCAAAUGAUUACAUGGAUGGCAUCUAAUGUGUCUAAGUAAUCUGAUGAGUGGUUGCAUCCUUAUCUCAAACUGUUCAUACGUGUGGCUCAGUUGGUAGAGCAUGGCGCUUGCAACGGCAGGGUUGUGGGUUCGAUUCCCACGGGGGACCAGUAUUGGAAAAAAGUAUGAAAAUGUAUGCACUCACUACUGUAAGUCGCUCUGGAUAAGAGCGUCUGCUAAAUGACUAAAAUGUAAGAGAACAUUGUUGACUUGGCUAUAACCAAACCCAUUUUUCUAGGUCCAGUGUGUGACCUACACUGUGAGGUCCUCCCUGAGUCAGGUUCCAGGCUCUCUGUGACCUUUCACCUAUCUGACAGUGACUCUCUAUCUGUUUGUGAGUAUUUGUUAUAUCUCUACUCUAGAGGGGUCGGUUUAGCGGAAUCACAAUAAAGUAUGUUGCACUCCAUGUUCUCUACUCCGGGUUUAUUAUGGUGUAUUGUUGCCUUGCAGUGCUGGUAAAUGUGGCAGACUCCCGGCAGCUCACCUGCAGUCUGUUUGCAGCAGGGUCAGAGGAUCCAUCCAUGGAUGAAUACAUCUCCAGAGUCCUAAAGAGGUUUGAUUUUAUGUUCAGCCUGUAUUCUCCCUCUAGGUCCAUCAUUCUUCAGUCAUACUGCUUAAUUUUGUCUCUAGGCAGAGACCACAUUCUUGCACUGAGUAUUUACUUAAUGAAUUGUUGGUUGCAUGUCUUCGAUAUUCAUCCUCUUGCUCUUCUGAUUCAGAUGUAUGUCUAUUCCUGUGACCAUGCGUGCCUUGAAUGGGAGGAUGUCCAAGAGGACCUGUGGAGAACCUCUACCUGCAUGCUCCUCCACCGCAGAUGGCAGCCCUGCCCCUCUCCCAAUGUCCUGUGAGGCUGACGCCAGUCUCUCUUCUGGCUCUGGCCUGGAGUCCGAUGGCAUCCCUACUACCCCCUCUACCGCUGCCAUGUUCUCCCAGGAUGCAAUGGGGCCGGAGGCAGAGUCGGCCUUCUAUCUGUCUGUAGCCACAUCUGUCUGUUACUGAAGUCAAUACAAACCCUACUGCCAAUCCUUACCCCUGUGCCUCGGUGCAUGUGUAUUCACAUUGGAUGGCCAACAACCAUCUCCCAGAACUCAUC